UGUCAAAUAACAAAGAGAGAUUUCUUAGCCAAGAAAAAUGAAUGUUUCAAUAAUUUCAGUGUUUUUUCUUUCAGGUUUGAAUGAAACAAGUCGGAAUCAGAGAUCAGCUUUAUUCUUCCUCAGUUUGCUGUGUUACUGCACAACCAUCUUGGCUCAGUUGUUGUACUCCUUUGCCUGCAGUGAUCUGUCCAUCCUUGCUCUUAUGGCAUAUGAUCGGUAUUUGGCUAUAUGUCGUCCAUUGGAAUACCACUGUGUCAUGUCAGUACAAAGGGUCAUUAAGCUGGCAUGCUCUUUUUGGUUAACAUCAUUUUUCAUUGUUGCAGUCAACAUUUUUCUUACAUCCAGACUGAAGUUAUGUAGUCCAUACAUUAACAGACUUUUCUGUGUAAACUUGGUGAUUGUGUCACUGUCAUGUUUUCCUAAAGAAACCGCUAUUAACAGCAUUAUUGCAAACAUUACAAUAAUAAUUUAUAUUCUUCAUGGUUUCUUUAUUGUAUGGUCUUACAUGUAUAUCAUUAAAAGAUGUUACAAUUCUAUAGAAAACAGGGCAAAGUUUAUGCAAACUUGUGUGCCACAUUUAAUCUCUUUAUGCACUUUUUUUCUGACCAUACUUAUUGAAAUUGUUAAUGAUCGACUCGGAUCUAAAGAAUUACCUCAGCCUUUAAAAAACUUUAUUGCAAUAGAGGUUCUUGUCAUUCCUCCCCUGAUGAAUCCGCUCAUUUAUGGUUUUAAGUUGACCAAGGUCAGAAACAGAAUUAUUGAAUUUGUUACUUUUAAAUUCAAAUCAAUUUAAGGACACAUUUAGGAUGUAUUACUAAACAAUACAUUCAUAACCUAUCAUUAUAUAUUUUUUCAAUCAUGUUCAAGUUGUUAAGACCAGUUUGCAUGCAGAAUAAAUUGCUCAUAGCAACAUCCG